AUGAAUGCCAUUCUUUGCAAAUAUGUCUUUCUAACAUUUUUAUAUUUCGUCGAAGGAUUGCCGUUUGGAAUUAAUUCAUACUUUCUGCCUGUUUAUUUGCACAGUAAAGCUAAAAAAUCGGCCACAAGUAUUUCAUUGUUGAAACUUGCAAAUGCUCCUUGGUUGUUGAAGUUUCUAUGGGGUCCCAUGGUUGACGGCUGGGGUUCCAAAAGAAUGUGGGUCGUCAUUACCAACAUUUUCCUAACAAUUAUUGCAAUUUUUUGCUCGCAAGUUGACUCAGCUCAAGAUUUGUUGAUGUUUUCCAUAUUCAUUUUCAUCCUAAAUUUAGUGACAUCUGUUCAAGAUGUGGCUAUCGAUGCAACAACGUUCUCCAUUCUUGAUUCUGACAAACUUGCCAUGGCUAAUGUGGUUGGAUAUAAAUUAGGAUCAUUAUUCACUGGGGGCCUCCUGUUAUCUCAUGUGGACUCCAUAGGGUGGAUGAACAUAUUUUUCAUCAUUGCAAUUUGUUACUUCACAAACAAACUCGAAAGCAGAAAAAUUAUAAACGAAAAUUCAACACGGAAACCACGAGAAAACUUCUAUGACAAGUUUGAUUUCAUAUUCAACAGAAAUACUUUCUGGAUGGUUAUUUUUCUUCUGUGCUAUAAGUUAGGUCAUCAAGGCUCUUUUUCAAUUUUGCCACUAUUUCUAUUGGAUUCUGGCAUAGAUAAAGAAAAUGUCAUUCUGUGGUUAAAUAUCUAUGGUCAAAUUUUAUCCAUUGCUGGUUCUUUGCUUGGAGGGCUACUCAUACAGUGCAGAAAGUUAGUAGCAAUAAUAAUAAUAAUAAUAACUGAUGAUUUUGUAUUUAUUAAUGAUACUAGGAAUGUGAUCUCUUUGGAAUCUCUACUUUGGAAUUUGAUGAUGACGAGGUUUUUGUUCGGCGCACUUCAAACCCUCUUCAUAAUUCUUUGGUUGAAUGGAUUUAUAACAACAUGCACGUUUACAUUGAUGAUGCUAGAGUCGCAGAGUAUUAAAUUUCAACACCAGGCCACCUACCACGCAAUCAUUUCAACAGCUGAAGUGCUUGGAAAAUUAGUAUUUGCUUCCUUUUGUGGUCUCAUCGUUGAUACCUGUGGCUAUUCAUUCGCUUUUGUAAUUUUUGCAUUGUUAAAUGCUCUGGCGAUGCCGGUCUUAUGUCGUACCAGGAUUAAUCGUGCCGUUAAAGACGAAUGA